GCCCCGUGAUAGUCUUAUUCAAUUCCCAUCUGUUACCCAACCCGAGAUUAUUAUCAUUAUUGCUAUACCCAGCCAUCCAUUGCUGAGGGUCUCACCAUGGAGUCCCCUCCUCCCCAUUCAAGCUCCCCAUUAUCGCCCCAGCUGAGUUUGAGAAGACCCCUACCACCACCUCUCCCACCUAUCCCUAUUCCUGGUUAUGAUGGUAUCAUGAGCGAUGAUCCUAUGGCAAUCGUAUUUAACCUUGAUCCCCGCCUUCAGGGAAACCGUUCGACAAACCCUCUCUCAAUGCCAUCACGCAAGGGUAUGAUGAGCCGAUUCCAGGGGACUGGGUUUUUCGAUAGCUUUCGGGCUAGACUCAAUAGGUUUGACGAAGGCUCUAGUUUUUUCGGCCCUUCCAAAUCUCAAAAGCAUCCGCAGAAGGAAGAGGGGGAGAAGACCCCGUUAGUCGUCAGAACGAGUGCUGAGUCCUUAGUUCCGGGGAUUGACUCCAUUCCCAACUCCGGCACCUCGACACCUUUACCGCCACCACCGCCUGCUAAGAACGAGGAUAAAUUGCCCAAACAUUCGAAUGUAUUUACCGGGGUGCCCACUCCGACUGAUACCGCGGCCAACUCUCGUAGCCACUCUUCGGCUAACAGCGUCGACGCCGGCGGCCGGUCCGAUCCACCGAAUAGGACUCACAGGGUCAAGGGAGUGCCCGGUUUGGAGGCUUCGCUGAAGGAAUAUUGCUAUAUCGAGGAGCCGAAGGAGAAGAACGAACUGGAAAAAAUGCCAUCACCUAAGGAGCCACAGCCCUUCACGAAUCCCGGAAAGACUGCUAAGGAAGUCGAAGCCCUAGAGAAUGAUGCUGCUACCCCGAAAGGAAAAGGAAAAGGAAAAGGGCCUUUUUUAGGGGCAGGCGGCCCGGAAGUUGGAGGCCCUGGAAGCUGUCAAAGUCGGCCGUGGAAAAGCUAUGUCUCCCAGGGAAAGCCCCAGCAGCAGCGCCAGCGUCUGCCGGACCAAAGCCCCCUCAACACGCUGAAAGCACUCAACCAGAAUUGCCAAACUCGAACCCAAGGUCUUAUCGAAGAGGUCCCAGAGCAGGGUCAGAUAUUUAUACCAUCAGUGUCCCAACGGCUGCACUCAUGGGAACCGGAAGGAGAAGUGGGGACCAUCCGAGAGAGGCUACACAUCUCCAUCUCCACCUCCACAUCCCCUCUUCUCAAAUUCAUGCGCCCUCCCACCGACGGAGCACUCAUUCCCAACCCCCAAUUCACGCUUCCAUUUCUUCGGAGCGCGGCGACCAUUUCACCAGACGAGCUCCCCCAGUUCAGCGAACAGUCAAUGAGGCCGCAUCACCUCCGUCAAGAUUCGGAACUCUUUCCACAACCCACGAAAGACACAAACACUCCAGAGGACCGCGCCCCAGAUUCCCUGCCUGUGAGCACUAACGGUGUCGGAAUCCCGGAACUUGGGGCUGUAUCGAAUGUAGGAGUUCCUGCGUGCUGGGAUACCAAACCACGUGAUCCUUUCAGAUACGCCCAUCCAAACAUUCCGAGAAGAAAUGCGCUAAGCCCGUCGAGUGACCCAGGCUCUCCCACAGGGAGCUUUAUCGGUCAUAGAGAAUUAACGCGAUUUGCAAGGGAUUAUGCCGCGCGGAUGCCAUCGACGCUCCCAGGAAGCCCAUAUUCCCCAAGUGACGCAAGAUCGGCGGACGGUGACCGGCAUGGUGGAGGCAGAGAAGGCGUUUCUGAAGAUGGACAAGCGGAGGUCGUUUUGGGGAGGACUCGUAGAAAUCCCCAGGUGCAUGCUCUUAGAAAGGGUAUGGCGGGAUUUGUGCCACUUUUGCACCAAGUCCCCGAGGUGAUGCUUUCAAGGGAUGAGUCUCUCUUUCUGAUGAAGAUUGGGCAUAUUUUGUUCAUGGCAUGGGCAAUGUGGGCACUCGCGAAGCUCCUGGGAAUCGGCACCCAGUUGAUGCAAAUUAUUAUCCUAGAACCGGGAAGGGUACUUUGCCAUGCUCUUAAACGUUGGUUAGGUGGAUAAAUGGCGGCAAUGGCUCUCGGAAUUCCCCAUUACCCGUCCCUGGCGCGGCUCAUGUGUGCUUGGCGAUUAUAUUGUAGUUUAGAGAGAAUGCGGGGUUUGGACUGGAGCUUGUCUGAUGAUGAAGAAUGCGAAUUUUACUUUCCACCGAAAAGAUCGUGGCGCCUUUAAGUGUUGUUUGGAUUAUAGGAUUCUAUCCAUUUGAGGUUGGCAGUUGGGAUGUGGAGGGUUUUUUCACUUGAAUUGCUGUGCGGUAGUGCAGCAAGGCAUCGGAUGUCACAAAUUUUCGGGGAUUAUUCGUGUCAUGUCGAGGCAGCAGUUUAUACGAGAGGUGCACGCCUUAACUGGCCGACCCCAUACUUCCACCUCAAAUGUGGACAGCCCCGGACACGAUGUUUUUGGGGGAUAAAAAAUUUGGAGGGAUUGUGUAUAGCACGAUGCCUCAGAUGCAAGCACGUUGUGCAACCGCCAUAAGAACUAGUUUCCGGGCAACUGUACGAUGCCUUGGUUUGAAAGUACAUGCUCCAUUUUUUCCGUUUUUUUCCAUAUGCGUUUUUCCCACCAGCGCUACCAAAUUGUGCUCCCGAGUGAUAACUCGUGACAUGACAGUGCUCUCUCCCCAUUGUCACUAUGGUCCUUCCUGUUCAUUUUUAUUCCCUUUUCCUUUUUUUCCGAGUAUCCCCGCAAUUCCCUCGAGAAGUCUGCGUGGGGUGAGGAGAAGCCUUGCUGAUCUUCUGCGGGACCCUGGGUUCAAGAUUUUUUGGACCGGCCGUGCCGCUUUCUUCGGUGUUCUCUUUGAAUGAGUGCGGUGUAUUGGAGUGUUGUGCAUGCGAGAUAAAUGAAUCUUCGGAGCAAGCAAGAAAGCACGUAACUUAUGGGGUUUUUAGCAUAGGGGUGAUGUAGAAGUGGGGGGAGGAGGAAGGAGUGUUUGGUGCCGAGCCAUGAUACUAGGUUGCGCAAUUGCUCGGAGAGUGUAUAGUAGAUUGAAUUGAGAUAGUCAUAGGGCGUGAUCCUGACCACUGCUCCUGCUGCUACUUCCUCCUUUUCCGGAUGAACUAAUUGAAGGAAAGAAAGGAGGGAAAGAGUUGCUAGAUAGGCCGUUAGAUAUUCACCUCUGCUCUGCCCUUUCCUCCCUCUUUUCCUUUCCACUUAUCUUCCUCUCCCUUCACCCGCGGAGGGGGGGAUUGACAAGUUUACCCAACGAGCUGCCAUAUCAUACUUCUCCAAAUCUCCGGACCCUUUACCAGAAGCCGGGAGAGAUCUACACGCCCGGGAAAAGCCAAAAACGCCCCCAGGCCCGUUGGGUGGCACGACACCGGUCCACAAUGACAAAUCUGACAUCCUAAUCAACCCCCAGGCUUGAAGUCGGCCCUGCUCCGAUCCUCGGAUGAACGCCGUAGGUAUCGUCCCCAUUAAUUAACUCCCGUGGGGGGGAAAAAAAAACUCCACUUGCAUGUUGGCCAGUGAGGGGAGUUGGGGGUUCACAUUCUUACUACGCUCUUGCCAUAGCUUGAUAUCAUAUCCCAGAAGAGGACAGUGAGUUCGACCGAUCGGGUGGUUUCUGACCAGAGUUUGGUUUUUCCCGGCUCUGUUGUGGAGGCGUUACUGGUGUAUGUAUGUAUGAUAUUAGUCUUUGUUGAGCAAUCAGCUAGAGCACAUCUAAUUACCUCCUACACCUUUAGCGUGGCGAUAAACACCGAUAACUCGGGGGCGAAGUAUAGCCCAUGGGUACUAUAGGUUCACGUUCCAACCUAAUAGCCUAUGAUACCACGAUACCGUAUCAUACGAAACCCCACAUUUUCCAAUUCUCGCUUGUUAUGAUAGGGUACUGUACUCAUGCUGCCAUACUUGUAUCGUACGAGAGCAGGAGCAGCGCAGGAGCAUAGCAUAGCAUAGCAUACAGCACAACAUACACGGCGCUGUAGUAUGAUAGAGCACAGCACACACCAACAACUCUACCCAAACCAACCCACAGAAAGAGCGGUCAAUAUAUGUACUGUACAGUACUGUACUGUACUG